UGGGUGGAGGGAGUAGGAAUAAAGUUGUUGUGCCGGGGCGGAGAGGGGGUGCCGGCUGGCUGCUACUGCGCGCUCGCGGGCUUCCCGCCUGCGCCGAGUGGCCAGCCUCGCGGGCCAAGUGGGGAGCAGGCAGCGGGCGGCGGGCUGCGGGCGGCGGGCAGGUGGCCCCGGGCCGCCGCGCCCGCGCUUUGGCUCUGCCCCCAGGAACCUAGCGAACUGCUGCUCCCUGUGGCUUGAGGGCGGUGAUGUUUUUCCUCCCACCCACUUUUGGUUCCCCCUCCCCCCUCGCGCUCACUUUAGGCUCUCGCCACAACCUGCGAGCCCCAGACCUAGGAGGAGCGCCCCGGGGAGCUCAGAGCGCGUGCACGCCUGGAAGACGGAGGAGGCCAGUGGCCAGCUUGACUACACCCGGCCCUGAAAGUUUUGAGUUGCCUUUUGCAGUGGCCAAAAUGAGAAAAAAGUGGAAAAUGGGAGGCAUGAAAUUCACCUUUUCCUUGUUGCUGUUCUUUCUUUUCCUAGCAGGAAGCAAAACAGAGCAAGUAAAACAUUCAGAGACAUACUGCGUGUUUCAAGACAAAAAGUACAAAGUGGGUGAGAGAUGGCAUCCUUACCUAGAACCUUAUGGGUUGGUUUACUGCGUGAACUGCAUCUGCUCAGAGAAUGGGAACGUGCUUUGCAGCCGAGUCAGAUGUCCAAGCCUUCAUUGCCUCUCUCCUGUGCAUAUUCCUCAUUUGUGCUGCCCUCGCUGCCCAGAAGACUCCUUACCCCCAGCAAACAAUAAAGUGACCAGCAAGUCGUGUGAGUACAACGGGACCACGUACCAACAUGGUGAGCUAUUCAUGGCUGAAGGGCUCUUUCAGAACCGGCAACCCAAUCAGUGCACCCAGUGCAGCUGUUCGGAGGGAAAUGUGUACUGUGGUCUCAAGACUUGCCCCAAGUUAACUUGUGCAUUCCCUGUCUCUGUUCCUGAUUCCUGUUGCCGGGUGUGCAGAGCAGGAGAUGGAGAAUUGUCAUGGGAACAUUCUGAUGGUGAUAUCUUCCGGCAACCUGCCAACAGAGAAGCGAGACAUUCUUACCACCGCUCUCACUAUGAUCCUCCACCAAGCCGACAGUCUGGAAGUCUGCCCCACUUUCCUGGGGCCAGAAGUCACCGAGGAGCACUUCUAGAUUCCCAGCAAGCCUCAGGCACCAUUGUGCAGAUUGUGAUCAAUAACAAGCACAAGCAUGGACAAGUGUGUGUUUCCAAUGGAAAGACCUAUUCCCAUGGCGAGUCCUGGCACCCAAAUCUCCGGGCAUUUGGCAUUGUGGAGUGUGUGCUGUGCACUUGUAAUGUCACCAAACAAGAGUGUAAGAAAAUCCAUUGCCCCAACCGAUACCCCUGCAAGUAUCCUCAAAAAAUAGAUGGAAAGUGCUGCAAGGUGUGUCCAGGUAAAAAGGCAAAAGAAGAACUUCCAGGCCAAAGCUUUGACAGCAAAGGCUACUUUUGUGGAGAAGAAACAAUGCCUGUGUAUGAGUCUGUGUUCAUGGAGGAUGGGGAGACCACCAGAAAAAUAGCACUAGAGACAGAGAGACCACCUCAGGUAGAGGUCCAUGUUUGGACCAUUCGAAAGGGCAUCCUCCAGCACUUCCAUAUUGAGAAGAUCUCCAAGAGAAUGUUUGAGGAACUCCAUCAUUUCAAGCUGGUGACCAGGACAACCCUGGGCCAGUGGAAGAUAUUCACCGAAGGAGAAGCUCAGAUCAGCCAGAUGUGUUCAAGGCGUGUGUGCAGAACAGAGCUUGAAGAUUUGGUGAAGGUUCUGUACCUGGAAAAGUCUGAAAAGAGCCACUGUUAGAUGAGACAGACAGUAUGGGAUAGGGUAAAGAAAGAAAACUCAAGCUGCAGCUGGACUGCAGGUUUAAUUUGCUUAAGUCAACAGUGCCCUAAAACCCAAACUCAAAUGCAGUUAAUUAUUUACGCCAUGCACAGCAUAAUUUGCUCCUUUAUGUGGAGUGGUGUGUCAGCCCUUAAACAUCUCCUCCAAAAACACUAGAAGAGUCUUGAAUUAUUUGUGGGAGGCAGAGGGAUAGAACACCAUAACUCUGCUCUAGUUUCUGGGAGAAUCACAUUUCUUUACAGGUUAAAGAGUAAACAAAACCCUAGGGUUUCUAUCAAGAAAGUCAUUCCAGUGAAAGAAAGAGAAAGGAAUUGCUUCUUAGUAGGAGUUCUGUAGUACAAGGAAAUAUUUGUAUGAAAUUAUAGUCUUAAAAUUUUAGAAUGCUUUAUGUUUUAAAAAAAAUUAACUCCCUACACACACACACACACACACACACAC